AUGUCCCAUACACAGCCCUCACCCACCGGGGCUGUAACGCCUCAUCAUGGCCACCUGGCCGCUCACCCGCAGGUCAAUGGCCACAUUCCUUUGCAGGCUCAGGGCCAGAAGGCUCCCACCCUGAACACCGCUCAGAAGAUCGCCGCGCUUAAUGAGCAGGUCUGGCUCCAAAUCGGAAGCCUGACUGAGCUGAUGGGCGAUCUCGAUGGCGCCAUGAACGCAUAUGAGCAGGCAUUGCGACACAACCAGUGGUCCAUUCCUGCCAUGAACGCCAUUUCCUGCAUUCUGCGGACAAAGGAACAAUUCCCCAAGGCUAUUGAAUAUCUCCAGAAUAUUUUGAAAUUGGACCCGACAAGUGGGGAAACCUGGGGUAGCUUGGGCCAUUGUCAUCUGAUGAUGGAUAAUUUGCAAGAGGCGUACACUUCCUACCAACAGGCUUUGUAUCAUCUGCGCGAUCCCAAGGAACCGAAACUUUGGUACGGCAUCGGUAUCUUGUAUGACCGCUACGGCUCCCUCGACCAUGCGGAGGAAGCUUUCUCGCAGGUUAUGCGAAUGUCUCCCGAUUUCGAAAAGGCCAACGAAAUUUACUUCCGACUGGGCAUAAUCUACAAACAGCAACAGAAAUUCAACCAGAGCUUGGAGUGCUUCAAAUACAUCGUCAAUGACCCCCCACGACCUCUCACAGAGGAAGAUAUCUGGUUCCAAAUUGGCCACGUUCAUGAACAGCAGAAGGACUUUGAUUCUGCACAGGCAGCGUACAGGCGAGUUCUGGAGCGUGAUCCCAACCAUGCCAAGGUGUUGCAGCAGCUUGGAUGGUUGUAUCACCAGCAGAGCAACAGCUAUGCGAGCCAAGAAAAGGCUAUUGAAUACCUCGAGAAGUCCGUUAGCGCAGACAACACUGAUGCGCAAAGUUGGUACCUCCUUGGUCGCUGCUACAUGUCGCAAACCAAGUAUCCCAAAGCCUACGAAGCUUAUCAACAGGCGGUCUACCGCGAUGGACGAAACCCGACGUUCUGGUGUUCAAUUGGUGUGUUGUAUUACCAAAUCAAUCAGUACCGUGACGCGCUUGAUGCAUACUCGCGUGCGAUUCGCUUGAACCCUUACAUUUCGGAAGUGUGGUAUGACUUGGGCACUCUGUACGAAUCCUGCAACAACCAAAUUGCGGAUGCUCUGGACGCCUACGGACGCGCUGCUGAUUUGGACCCGACCAAUGUUCACAUCAAAGCACGUCUGCAACUGCUUCAGAGUCAACUGUCGGGAUCCAACCCCAGCAACGGACCCGCCCCUCAGCCACAAGAUGUCCAUCCCCAAGCUUAUCAGGCUAAUGUUGGAGGACCUCCAGCUCCUCAAUGGGGCGCACCGGCACCCACUGGUGGUCCCCCACCUCAGCCACCGGCACCCCCUAGGCAAAUCGCCGAUUGGAACCGUGGUAUCAAUGAACUCCAAUCCCAGGCCCAGGCCCAGGCGCAAGCCCAAGCCCAAGCUCAGGCUCAAGCCCACGCUCAAGCCCAUGCUAAUGCCCAGGCUCAGGCUCAGGCUCAAGCUCAGGCCCAGGCCCAGGCUGCCAAUGGAUUUGAUCAUCGUGACGCUGUGCGUGCUCCUGUUUCUGUCCAGCAGAGUCCUAGACAGGAUCCGGGAAGGGUGUUCCCUGAGGCUGUGCGUGCUCAGCCAGCCCGCUCGCCGAAAACUACUCUUGUCGGGCCGAAUGCCUAUGCGCCAACGCAUGCAUUGCCCCAACUCUCUAACCCACCCGUUUCGGGCCACGAGCGAAUCCCCAGCGGCGCGAGUGCAUUUGCAUCUACUACUCGCGGCCCUCUCCCCCCUGCUCCUGCUGCAGGUGGUCCACCUGGGCCUAACGGUGCUCCAUCUUCUGCGGGACCUCUCCCCCCUUACAACCACCGUCCUUUCACACCGCCAGCAGAGAUCAGACCGAUCCGAGAUGAGCGACUCCCCUCUCCCGGCAGUGGAUACCCCCACCAGCAGUAUCACCCUGGCCCAAGUUUGCCCCCUCAGGCUGCCAGCAGCACGGGUAUCGCAGGCGGCGCUCCUCCGCCUGCAUCUGCUAUUGCCGCUGCUGAAGCUGCUGCCCGGGAACGUGAAGAUCGCCCUGCAUCUGCGAUGAAGCGUGGUAGAGAAUGGGAGACUGAACCCGGUCCAAUCAAGAAGAUUGCCAACGAAGAAAGCCGCGCUCGUCUUGACGACCAGGUCAGUCGCCGUGUGACCCCGCCAAACCGUAUUCCUUCGCCCCGGGAGAUGCAGCGUCGUAGCUCUUCUGAGGCUCGCCGUGAGGAUCAACGUCGUGUAAAUGACAACUACCACCCAUCGGAGGCGGCGCACCACCCUCCAACGCUGCCCUCUAUCCAACACAUGCCCCAGCAUGCUUCUGGCUCGAGUCUUCCUCCCAUGACUGAUGGCCCUGCUCCCUCCAACGGACCUCCAUCAGGCCCACCGUCCGCUCAAGCGCAGGUCAAGGAAGAGCCCGCGCGCAAUGAACAGCCUCCGUCGCAUGAGCCUGCCGCUCGGAAAAUGGAUGUUGAUGAGAACUAUGACGAUGAUGGUGAUGAUGAUAAGAGAGCCAGUGUUGUCGCAAAGGGCAGUCCACAUGGUAGUGGAUCGGGCAAUCCCAGUAGCAGUGGCAAUGGGGUUUUGAGCGGUGGCAGCCAGACAUCUCAGUCGAAACAGGAGCCUUCGGCAUAA